ACCACGUGAAAAAAAGCAUGGCGUAAAUGCGAAUAUAACGGUUAUGGCGUCAGUGAAUGCAAUGAACAUCUAUUUACAGACAAUUCUCGAUGACGAAUAUCGUCUUAUCGUGUAGUAAUAUACUAUAAAAAAAUGGCUGAACCACAAGAGCAAAAGGGUAAAGAAAAUACAAGUGGUGGAUUAAAAGAUGCAAUGGUGAAACACGAGAAACGGGAGGGUACGCUGACAAAUGGCGGGAAGGGAUCCGGUGAUGAUGCGGACAGUCUUGAAGAAUUACCUCUGGAUAUUGGCGAACAUUAUCUUGUUCGAAGAUCCGAUGAUUCGUGGCAUCCUGCUGAAAUUAUUCAAACACGUUACAAUGAAAAUGAAAGUCAUUAUGAAUACUAUGUUCAUUAUGAAGGACAUAACAGAAGAUUGGAUGAAUGGGUACCUCGUGAUAGAAUUAUGUCCAGUAGAUUUGAUAUGAGUGAUAGAAGUUGGAAAACCGGUGAUAGAAAUUCUACCAGUGAUUUAUUAGCAGAUUCUUCUGAUCGUAAGAUAACUAGGAAUCAAAAAAGAAGACAUGAUGAAAUUAACCACAUACAAAAGACUUAUGCAGAAAUGGAUCCAACGACUGCUGCUUUGGAGAAAGAACAUGAAGCUAUAACAAAAGUUAAAUAUAUAGACAAAAUUCAAAUUGGUAAAUAUGAAAUUGACACUUGGUACUUCAGUCCAUAUCCAGAAGAAUAUGGUAAACAACCGAAACUUUGGAUUUGCGAAUACUGUUUGAAAUAUAUGCGUCUUGAAAAAACAUAUAGAUAUCACAUGAGCGAAUGUACUCAUAGACAGCCUGUUGGAAAAGAAAUAUAUCGUAAAGGAACGCUAAGUAUUUGGGAAGUGGAUGGUAGAGAGCAUAAAAUUUAUUGCCAGAAUCUUUGCUUAUUAGCAAAAUUAUUCUUGGAUCACAAAACGCUUUAUUUUGAUGUUGAACCUUUUCUUUUCUAUAUUUUAUGUGAAGUGGAUAAACACGGAGCACAUUUAGUUGGAUACUUCUCUAAGGAAAAAGAAUCUCCCGAUGGCAAUAAUGUAGCUUGUAUAUUAACUUUACCUCCGUUUCAAAGACAAGGAUAUGGAAAAUUACUUAUUGCUUUUAGUUAUGAACUUAGUCGAAUUGAACAAACCGUUGGAAGUCCAGAAAAGCCAUUAAGUGACCUAGGAAAAUUAUCUUAUCGUAGUUAUUGGAGUUGGAUACUCUUAGAAAUCCUUAGAGAUUUCCGUGGUACACUUAGCAUUAAAGAUUUAAGCCAAAUGACUAGUAUUUCACAAACGGAUAUCAUAUCGACAUUGCAAAGUAUGAAUAUGGUAAAAUAUUGGAAAGGCCAACACGUAAUUUGUGUGACCCCUAAAUUGGUCGAAGAACACAUAAAAAGUAGUCAGUACAAAAGACCCAGACUUACUGUAGAUAGUAGCGCAUUAAGAUGGGGUGCACCACCUCGAAAAAAUGUAAAACCUGGUAAAAAGUAAAAUACGAAACGAUUAAACUUAAUAG